AUGAGCGACUACAGUGACCCUCAAUUAACCCCAAAUGGAAAGGUGUCCAAAGCGAAAAAGGGGAAACCUGUUCACGUCUGCACAGAAUGUCAAAAGGUGUAUACUAGAGCCGAACAUUUGAGACAUGAAGGCGAAACCGAGCCAGGCCAGGACGACUACCAGCAAUAA